AUGGCACACAUAGAACUUGUUUUCUUGUCUAUGACGGACGAGACUCUAUUGAUGGUGAUAAGGUUCGGCGAUCAGGUCUCAGACAUGUAUAUGACAAAAGAAGCAAAAUAUUCAUUUGUGCAUUUGCAUGUAUGUGACUGUGACAUCACCGUUAACAAGAUGGAAGGAAACUCUUUUCUCUUCCGCAUGCCCUGUCCCAAUGCAAGGCGUCGCAUCCUAAAGCAAAGCUUGUGGCAAAUUGAUGGCCAAACCAUGUUUGUAGCAAAAUGGUCUCUUGGUAUCCAACAAGUCAGACCAGAGCUGGAAAUGGUUCUAGUUUGGCUAGAGUUUACAGGGGUUCCUCUCCAAUUCUUCAACAGAGAUGCCCUCAAAGAGAUCGCUGGAAUGGUUGGACACCCUCUGUGCCUGCACCCUGCCACAGAAAAUCUCACCAAUAUAGAGGUUGCUAAGGUUUACACCGUCAUUGACCCGAGGAAACCGCUCACAGAGUUCGUCAAUGCUCGGUUUGAGAGUGGAGAUACCAGGAGAAUAGCUGUCUCCAGUCCUUGGCUCCCUUCACUUUGUUCCUUCUGCAAGAACUUUGGACAUACUAUCACAAGAUGUAAAAAUGCUCCUAAAACUUGCUUAACUUGCAACUCAGUGAAGCACUCUACUGCCUCAUGCCCUCGUACUAAUCAAUCAGCACCCUCUAAAGAAAAGCUUGAGAAGAAGGAGGGAAAGAGGCCGGUAAAAAGCCUCCUCCCCAUCGUGGGUCAACCACCGAAGACAGGGUUGAAAACCACUGACAAGGGAGCUAAGCCACCUGCCCGAAACCUCACGUCUGAUCCUCCAAAGGCUAAGACCGCUGGAGCUCAACCCUCAAAAAAGAGGCCAGCCAGUUCUCUCCCCCCUGCCCCUGUGAUUCAAUUGCCACCCCCUGGCUCUCUUGAUCGCUCUGGAAGCACUGGCUCCGUCUCUCAUGAUCUAUCUAAGGGAAGCUUAUAUGUGGAUCUCUCAUCUAAUGGAUGUCGUGUUGAGCAACAGCAGUCUAGCAUGGAUUCUUCCUAUGAUACUUCACACUCUGAAGAAGAGGACAGCCCAGACAACCCCGAAGACGAUAGCGAUGAGUUCAUUGAAUUCUUCUCUAAGAGGUACAAGAAGCGUGCGAAAGCCAGGGGUAGAGGCCCUUUAAUCCUCUAA